AUGUCUGAAAAACAAGUGAAGUACCCUUGGUGGUAUGGUGGUGCCGCUGGUAUAUUUGCGGUGAUGAACACGCAUCCAUUGGACUUGACGAAAGUGCGGCUUCAAGCGGCCCCAAUACCAAAACCUACGAUUGUGCAGAUGCUUCGGAGUAUUUUGAAGAAUGAAGGCAUUGUCGGACUUUAUGCCGGUCUUUCUGCGUCGUUGCUACGUCAAUGCACAUACACUACUGCCCGGUUUGGUAUGUAUGAUGCUUUGAAAGAGCAUGUUAUCCCCCGGGACAAACUAACCAACAUGUGGUACCUGUUGGGUGCCUCCAUGGUUAGUGGUGCAUUGGGUGGUCUUGCCGGAAAUUUCGCAGACUUGAUCAACAUCCGUAUGCAGAAUGACUCCGCGUUACCAUUAGAUAAGAGACGUAAUUACAAGAACGCUAUCGAUGGCAUGGUCAAGAUAUAUAAAGCAGAAGGUGCAAAGUCUCUUUUCCUCACGGGUUGGAAGCCCAACAUGGUGAGAGGUGUGUUGAUGACAGCAUCGCAGGUUGUCACCUAUGAUAUGUUCAAGAAUUUCCUGGUUACCAAGUACAAUAUGGACCCAAAGAAAAAUAGUACUCACUUGACAUCGUCACUCUUAGCUGGGUUUGUGGCUACAACUGUGUGUUCGCCAGCGGAUGUCAUCAAAACUAUUGUCAUGAAUGCUCACAAGAAGCCCGGUCACAAUCAUGACUCCUCCUUUAAGAUAUUGAUGGAAGCUAUAAAUAAAGAAGGCCCAUCGUUUAUGUUUAGAGGUUGGGUCCCUAGUUUCACCAGACUGGCGCCUUUCACUAUGCUAAUCUUUUUCGCAAUGGAGCAGCUCAAGAAAUAUAGAGUAGGGAUGCCUAAGGAGGAAGCAUAA